AGCCGUAUGAUUUAAGCUUCACGUCAGUACAGCCGUUCAGCUUGAGCUCCGAUCCAACCCUGACUUUAUAUCCGUGCACAACAUCCACACUUCACCUCAGCACAGCGAUGGCAUCAUCCGCACAGAGAGUAUAGAGCACGUAGAUCUGAAGCGUUUUAACGACGAUCUUCCGAGAGACGCGCAUCAUGCUCAGGUGGUCCGUGUUUCCCACCGAAGAAGGAGAUCAUUCAGACUGCGUUCGGGAGAGAAAACAGUCGUGUGAAUGUUCAGAAUAUUAAUCAGACCCGUUUUCUAAUCAUGGAGGAGAGUAAUAAUACCUGUGAGUCAGUUCCUGAUUUGAAAGAUCUGGAGUUGAAAGUGGGUAGAAAGACCCCAGAAGGGCUCCUGAAGUGGAUGAGAGAAGAGCACAAGAUGAUCUCUCAUCAUCAGACUGACAAUAAUGAGACUGAGAAGAAAGGUCUCGAUGGGAAGAUACGAAAACUUAAAAUGGAGAUGGCUCAUCUACGAGCAGCAGAUGUCAAAAUCUUGAACCAGUUGCUAGCACUGCAUGAGGGUAUCGAGGCAGUGAAAUGGCUUCUAGAAGAACGUGGCGCUCUCACCAGCCGCUGCAGCAGCCUGACCAGCAGCCAGUACAGCUUAGGGGAGGGUCCUGACACGUCCUGGAGAGGCAGCUGGAGCAGUCUGCAAGAUCCCCAUGACAAGCUGGACAACAUUUCCAUCGGCAGCUAUCUGGACACAUUAGCUGAUGAACUGGAUGAGUACUGCCCUUCCAGUGGGACUGAGUCAAUACUCUGUGCCACUCCUAUGGGGACUGGAGGAGGGGUCAGCAGUUCCACUGGAUCUGGAAGCAGACCUCCUCAAGUCAAAACAGAUGCCACUAAAGAAGAAGCUCAGGUUUGGAAUAAAGCACCGUCUGAGACAGCGAGAGUUAACAAGACCAAUGGAACCCUGGACAAAACAGCGACUCAAUUGGUCAGCUCAGAUUCGCCCAGAGCUUGUCUCGCUGAGAAGCUUGGGAAGAAUCUGAGCCCUAAAGUCAAACCAUACAAAAAUGGCAAGGUUGAGCUGGAGAGCUGUAAAAAGAAUGGCAAAGUUCAACUGGAGUACGAUGCACACUGGCGUUGGGUUCAGUCGCAGGAUGAUGUAACGUUUUUGUGAUAGCAUACACGAUUGCUCAGCCAAAGCUGGGAGAUUGGGGUUUAAACACUGAGGUUUUGUUUGCCGACUUUCAUCUUUGAUUAAUGUGAGGCCAGAUUCUCAGGUCUCCUUUAAAUAACAGAGGUUAAACGUUAACAACAGGAAAGAAUAAGAAAUGGAAAGAAGCUUAAACGUGUGAAUUCAGAGUUUAAAAAGCCUGAAUUAGUGGUUGUUAGAUGUGUAUGGACGCAUGUUUUCUGUGUGCAUUUCAGUUUUUUUUUUUUUGGCAUUGAUUGAUUCAGCAAAGCUAUUUAUUAAUUAGUCAUUAAUCCUUUAUUGCAUAUUCAGUGCAAACAUUUUAUUUGAAUUACAAUGAUGUAAUUGCAAAUUGGUGUGCUUGCAAAUCAACUUUUUGUAGUAUAUUUACAUUGGCAUACAGAACUGCGGUACAGACCAAUUAAAAAAAAAAA